GACUUUUAUAUAGGCGGACGUCGGCAACGUCAAAAAAACUAGUUGAAGAGUAUUUUCAGACCGGAGUAGUCGGUUUGAGAAACAGCUAUUAAGUCAUAACAAAAUUAAUGAAUUUCCUAACGGACAUUUAUUCGCAUCGCCAAGUCAUUUAUUAAUCGACAUACUAAAGUUGUAAUCGACCCGAGGGUUUUAACGGUGUAAAUGGAGGAGAAGAAGAAAGACGGAGACCCGGAGAUUCAGGAACACGGACCCGAACAUUGGUUCUCAAAAUGGGAGCGGCAGUGUUUGGCCGAAGCGGAGCAAAGGGAGUCAAACGAGGAGGAGGCCGAUAACGACCAGGAUAAAUUAUGGCAUCUCUUCCAGAAUUCCGCCACUGCCGUGGCUCAGCUCUACAAAGACCGAGUAUGUCACCAACAGGGGGGGCUUUCUUUGUGGGUGCCGUUUCAGAACGCAGCCACAGCCGUGACCAACCUGUACAAAGAGUCUGUGGAGGCCCAUCAGCGUAGCUACGACCUAGGUAUACAGAUCGGCCACCAGCGUCGCAACAAGGAUGUGCUGGCCUGGGUGAAGAAAAGGAGGAGAACCAUCCGGCGAGAGGACCUCAUCAGCUUCCUGUGUGGCCGGGCCCCACCCCCCCGGACCUCCAGAGCCACCCUCACCCCAGGACACAGACUGACCAUGGUCUCCCCUAACCGGCCUCCCCCGGCCCCUGAGACAGACUCCUCUGUGGAGGCUGACCUCCAGCCCUUCAGAGAGGCCAUCGCACUGCAUGGUCUAAGUGGGGCUAUGGCCAGCAUCAGUGUUCGUUCCGGUACCCCAGGCUCUCCCACCCACGUGGGGGGUGCUGGUGGGGGGGGGUCGACCCCGGUGGGGCGUCGGCGUAACGGUCUCCAUGAUGUGGACCUGAACACUUUCAUCUCCGAGGAGAUGGCCCUGCACCUGGACGCUAACCCCAGGAAACGCAGCUCCGCCCAGUGCAAUGACGUCAUAACAGACUCCCCCACCCAUAAACGCAACCGGAUGAUCUGAUUGGGCAGCCCAGCCCCAGGGAGGGUUAAGAGACCUUUGUGGGAGGGGGGGGGGGGGGGUUGAGAUCUUGAAAACAGACAGACUGAAGGAUGUAUGGCUGUGGAGUGAACCGGCGUUGAGGACUAAGGAGGCCGUCCAUUUAGUUGAGUGGGUGGUGUCCUCCUGUCCUUGUCUCCUUUCCUAGUUGAGAGCACUGGUCUAAACUGAAAGCAUGUUUGUUGGAAACCUGUCAUCCAUCCUUCCUAACCCUGUUAGGCUGCAUCUACACAGGUAGCCCAAUUCAGAUCUUUUUCCACUAAUUGGGCCUUUUGACCAAUCAGAUCAGUUCUUUUCCCAGUAAAUGGGCAACAGAACAGAAUUGUGCUGUCUUUGUAAAAGCAGCCUCAGUGAUCAGUGACCGUGAGGAAAGGAAGCGAGGACAGAAGGGCAUCGAGGAGGUUGGGAUGCAGCCCCCGUUCAGAGGAGAAAUGCACUGUGCUGAUUUGAAAUAAAAAAAGAAGCCACUUGAUCCUCUAUACUUGUUGCUCCCCCCCCUCUCUCUCUCCUCCCCCCCCAUCCUCACCCCUCCUCCCUUCCUAAGGAAACGAGGGCUGUGGAAAACGUGUUACUCAGUGAACUAGAUAAGGCUUGAUGCCAGAAGUGGUUCUGUUGGAGAGAUGCCUUCUUUGCUAGAACUUAUUGCUUUGUGUUAGUCAUCCUGCUCAGCGGACAUUGAUGCUGUCUGUGAUGAUGAAGAGGAGGACUUCCCUCACUUGACAUUUCCUGACUGUCCCAAAUGGCACCCUACACCCUACCCUAGUCCCUACACAGCACCCUAGUCCCUACACAGCACCCUAGUCCCUACACAGCACCCUAGUCCCUACACAGCACCCUAGUCCCUACAUCAUAGCCCCUACAUCCUAGUCCCUACACACCACCCUAGUCCCUACACAGCACCUACACCCUAGUCCCUACAUCAUAGCCCCUACAUCCUAGUCCCUACACACCACCCUAGUCCCUACAUCAUAGCCCCUAGUCCCUACACACCACCCUAGUCCCUACAUAGUCCCUACACACCACCCUAGUCCCUACAUCAUAGCCCCUACAUCCUAGUCCCUACACACCACCCUAGCCCCUACAUCCUAGUCCCUACACACCACCCUAGUCCCUACACACCACCCUAAUCCCUACAUCCUAGCCCCUACACACCACCCUAGUCCCUACAUCCUAGUCCCUACACACCAUCCUAGUCCCUACACACCAUCCUAGUCCCUACACACCACCCUACUAUACAGCAUAGGGCCCUUUUUGAAAAGUGUUGCACUAUACAGGGUGUUGUUUGGGAGCAGCCCUGCUGUCUCCUGUGUCUAGUUGUGAUGGCUGAGGGUCUGUGGGGUCUCAGGGCUGAUUCUCCCAAUAGCAGGCUGUUGAUAUUUGAUUGCAUCGGCUUCCUUUCUCUCUUGACAACUGUGCUUCAGCAGUCAUGUUAGUGCAACCAACCCGCAAGGGUCAGCGUCCCAAAAUCGCACCCUAUUCCCUAAUAUAAAGUCAACUACUUUUGCCUACAGGUCACUCUGGUCAAAGUAGUCCACUAUGUAGGGACAUAAGGAUGCUGUUUGCUCCACGAACCACCGUGUUCAGGUUCGUGUACCUCUGCUGCAGUUGGUUCAUUUACACACCGCCUUGCUUCUUCUGUUGAGGUGUAUAUUUCAAAGUUCAGGAAUGAUCCGUGUUACUUAAUGCUGGGAUGAUAUCUGACCUGUCGCCAGACUAACCCUCCGGUCAGGUGAUUGUCGUGUAGGAAACCUAUAGGAAGGUAAACUAUGAUCGCCGUUCACAGUGAGUAAAUGUGAUGCUCCCUAAACUUUCAAUACAUUUUUAUUUUUAUUUUUAAUGUAAAAGAUGGGAUGGAUAAACGCUCCCGCAAAAUAACCUGUGUUUCUACUCCACUACACCUCUGUCCCCUUCUGAGUAUGUUGAUGUUUUCAGAGUAUUCUGUUCAGUGUGGUUGUGUGUGUUCACCAUAUUACCUGAGUUGGAAUAAUGAUUUUUUUUUUUUUUGCACUUAAGCCUCUUUCACAUCUAAACUUGUGUUGAUUUUCCCACCGGAACCAACCAGGCAGUCCAACCUCCACCUAAAGGUCUUCAAUCAGACACUACCACCUUCACCUCCCUCUGGAACUGGGGGGGGGGGUUCACCUGCCACCAAACAGAAACAAACUGAAAUGAUUUGCUACUCUGUGCCGUAAUGAACAUGCCCCAAAACCAGAAGAGAAAGACUGAAAUGUGUUUUGCUACGUUGUGCUGUAAUGAACAUGCCCCAAACCAGAAGAGAAAGUCCUGUUUUUUUUUUCCGUUGCAAAAUGUUUUGCUAUGCUGUGCCAUACUGAACACCACCCAGAGUAAGAGAUGUGGGAGGAGCUAAAGUGGAGGCCCCAGGAAACCAACUGACAGAAUUGUUCUUUUCGUGAGCGUGGGGGGGGGGUCUAACAUCCCAAUGUCCACACUACUGUUUAGUAUGCCGUAUGAAUGGCCGAUCCAGUGCAUCGCUCCAUACUAAGUGAUAUUGUGACGUAGUCUGUCUUCUAAUGGGUGUUCAUUAUUGACUUGUGUUGAUGUGAAAAGAUGCAGUUGCCUGACUAUUAAAGCUGAAAGGGAUAGUUUACCUGAAUUA